ACGCCUUAGUUGUCCUAGCCGGUCUCCUGCGCAUUUGAGGGGACGCAUCGUCUUUCCGUGGCUGGAGUCCGUGAGGCUCCGACUUAACAGCCUCGUGUCCAGGCGUGGCGGAGCCCGGGUGAGUGGAGGGAGGAAGAGAGAGUGCACACGCGCCUCCUCCCGCUAGCCCUUUCCUCCCUUCCUCCAGGCAGGCGGCCCAGCUGGCGGACUGCCCCCAGAUGGGGACAGGAUUCUGAGGCCCAGAAUGAAGUUGUGAUCUUACUUUUGACUGCCCAGUCUCUGGCUUUAUUGGAAAGAGACCAUGAAGGAUGCCUCCCCAGCCCCGCUGCAGAGCUGCCUCCUGCCUGAGCCCUCUCCCCAGAGCCCGGGGGUGGCCCCUGGCACCGAGGCCCAAAGGCUUGGGCAGAGAGCUCGGCCUCCAGACUCCGUGAGGAUGAAGGAUGAGGAAGGCCUGACUCCUGGGUCCCUCCAAGCCCAGUUUCAGGUGUCCGUGACCUUCAGGGACGUGGCCGUGGACUUCACCAGGGAGGAGUGGAGAUGCCUGGAGCCUGCCCACAGGGCCCUGUACAGGGAUGUGAUGUUGGAGACGUACGAGAACCUGGUCUCCCUGGGUGUAAGUGUUCCCGUUUCCAAACUGGACUUGAUCUUCCUGUUGGAGAGAGGAAGAUCCCUGUCCAGGCCCGUGGGAAGAGUCCCCAGCGACUCCUGUCCAGAUUCCUUUAUUGAAGAGGCCAGGUUUGAAAGAAAGGACUCAAGUCUGAUACAAGGCAUUUACACAGGAGCAUCGAAUAAAAAAAGACUGCCAAAGGGUAAUCCUCAGCAUUCCAAGAAGAGAGAAACAAGGAGACUUGAAGUUAUUGUAGAGAAGCAGAAGGAUAAGCAGGAGAGACGAUCCAGACCAGUAACAACCACUCGUGGCAAAACUGCUAAUAAAGUGUGUGUUCUUCAUUGUAAUACAUUGGGGAGAAGUUUGCAUUUGGGGUCAGGCUUUGUUGCACUAAGGAAAGGCACUAUGGGGAACAGUCUCCAUAAAUAUAAGAAGCUUGGAAAAUGCUUCAAGGAUUGUUCCACCCCACUUACAUGCAAUACAUUCUCCUUAGAGAAGAACCUCUGUAAGUAUACAAAAUACAUGAAGCCCUUUAGUUACCACUCAGAUCUAAUUAAAUUUCAUAAAAUGCGUGCUGGAGAAAAACUACGUGAACACACUGAAGAUGGGACAACCUUUGGCAAAAGAUCAAAUCUUACUGAACAUAAGAUAAUUCACAUUAGAAAGAAAUAUCAUAAUUGUAAUAAAUAUGGGAAAACUAUUGGAAUCUUGACUGAAUAUAAGAGAAUUCAUACCAGAAGAAAGCACUUUGAAUGUAAUGAGUGUGGCAAAGACUUUAAUCUGGGGUCAAACCUUAAGAGAAUUCAUACUGCAGAGAAACCCUUUAAAUGUAAUGAAUGUGGGAAAUCUUUCCUUAUAAGGGGAAGACUUAAUAGACAUAAGAGAAUUCAUAGUGGAGAUAAACCCUUUGAAUGUACUGAGUGUGGGAAAGCCUUCAGUCAGAGGGGACACCUUACUAAUCAUCAAGGAAUUCAUAGUGGAGAGAAACGCUUUAAAUGCAAUCAGUGUGGGAAGAGCUUCAGCCAGAGGGGGCAUCUCAUUAAUCACCAAGGAGUUCAUACUGGAGAGAAGCCCUUUAAAUGUAAUGAAUGUGGGAAAGACUUCAGCCGAAGGGGAAACCUUAUUGCUCAUCAGAGAACUCAUACUGGAGAGAAACCCUUUGUAUGUAAGGAAUGUGGGAAAGCUUUCAGUGAGAGGGGAAACCUCCUUACCCAUCAGAGAACUCAUACUGGAGAGAAACCGUUUGAGUGUCAUGAAUGCAGAAAAGCCUUCAAAGACAGGGGAAGCCUUAAUAGACAUCAGAGAACUCAUACUGGAGAGAAACCCUUUGCAUGUAAUGAUUGUGGGAAAAGCUUCAGGCACAGAGGAUCCCUUAUUGAUCAUCAGAGGAAUCAUACUGGAGAGAAACCCUUUAAAUGUUAUGAAUGUGGAAAAGCCUUUAGCCGGAGAGGAAUUCUCAUUCAUCAUCAGAGAACUCAUAAUGGAAAGAAGCCUUUCAAAGGCACUGAAUAUGGGAAGACCUUCAGGAAUAAGGGGAACCUUAGUGGACACCAGAUAAUCAAUGCUGAAGAGAAACCCUUCGAAUGUGAUGAAUGUGGGAAAGCCUUUAGCCAGAGGGGACUCCUGAUUCAUCAUGAGAGAACUCACACUGGAGAGAAACCCUUUGAAUGCAAUGAAUGUGAGAAAGCCUUCAGUAGCAGGGGAAGCCUUAACAGACAUCUGAGAAUUCAUACUGGAGAGAAACCUUAUGAAUGUAAUGAAUGUGGGAAAGGCUUCAGCCAGAAGGGACACCUCAUUUAUCAUCAAGGGAUUCAUACUGGAGAUAAACCCUUUAAAUGUAGUGAAUGUGGAAAAGGCUUCAGUUGGAGAGCAAGCCUUAUUACCCAUCAGAGAACUCAUACUGGAGAAAAACCCUUUGCAUGUAACGAAUGUGGAAAAGGCUUUGGGGAGAGGGGAAACCUUAUUACCCAUCAGAGAACUCAUACUGGAGAGAAACCCUUCGAGUGUAAUGGAUGUGGGAAAGCCUUCACUCAGAGGGCAAGCCUUAUUACCCAUCAGAAAACUCAUACUGGAGAGAAACCUUUUAAAUAUAAUUAAAAUGGCCAAGCCUUUGAUGAGAGUAAAAUACUCAAAAGCUAUCAGAUAACUUACACUAAAGAGAAGCACUUUGAAUAUAAUUAACAUAGGAUACUUUCUUAGGAUAGUCCUUGGAGGACAUCAGUGAAUACAUGCUGAAUUAAAACUCUUCCUCUGGAAUGAGUAUAGGAAAGCUAUUUUUUUUCCUGGAAAAUGCUCAAAAGACAUAUAAGAAUUCAUACUGGACAUGAGACGUUUGGAUCUUAUGAAUGUGGGAAAGCCUUCUCCUGGGGGGGUGGGAAUACAUUACAACACCUUAUUGAGCAUCAGAAAUACUUUCCAUAUAAUCAAUGUGAAAAAGGCUUCAGCUGGAUGUCAAAAAUUAUUACUCUCCAGAGAACUCAUCCUGGAAAGGAACCCUUUGCAUGUUAUACAUGUAGUAAGGUGUUCAUCCAAGGAGCAAAACUUAUUAUCCAUCAGAGAAUGCAUACUGGGAAUAAUCUCUUUUAAUAUAAUGAUUGAGAAAAUUUUAAGACAGAGGGAGCACCUUAUUAGACAAAAUUUAUAAUGUAGUAAACUUUUAAACAUAAAGAAUAUGAGAAAGGUUUCAGCUGGAGGGGACACUGUCUUUUUAAUGAUUUUUUUUUUGCUAACUUUGAAUUUUCUGCAUUUCCCAAUGUGUCAUCUUCUCCUGGUCCCCUCCCAAAAAGCCAUCCACUAUACCAAAGAAAAAAUUAUCCCGUAAAAUGAAACAACACCCUGAAAAGCGUGUUGACAUUAAAUGCACUGUGGCACACUCAUAGUCACCUGCCUCUGUAAAGAAUCCAUUUCCUUCUCGUAUUUCUUCUUCAAGGUCAAGCAUGGUCAUAAUUUCAUAGCAUUUAAUUUAAUCUUCUGUUGUUCUUUUCAUUUACAUUAUUG